ACAGUAUUGAAGCGGCAAUCUAUGUGUUCGUACGCGUGUUUGUCAUUUUGUCAUCAUCGCUAAAAAAAAGGUAGAACACGCACAUGUAUAUGUUGCUCGAUUCUAAGUAUGUUGUAAGCGACUUAUUGCCUCAAUUACUGCAAGCAGAAACUAAGGAUUUAUCGAGACGCAAUUGAUAAUAACAGAUAAUAACUGAUAAUGGAAGGAGAAUCAGAAAAUAAUACUUCCAAUAAAAUUUCUAAACCAAUUAAUUGGCCAUACAUGAAUAUCAGUUCAUUAACUAUAUCGUUUCUAAGUAAACUGGCAGCAGCCGGUAUCAUCUGGGGAUGGGGAUACUUUAAUUACAGCAUAGCUUGGUUGAUUGCGCCAAUCGCAUUUUCUGUAUGGAAGGCAGAAUGCAAAAAGGAUAACGAACUACGAAUGCUUACAACACAAGCAAGUGCAUUGGCUAAGGAAAAAGUAAUGAUUAUGGGACGAAUAGACGAAUUACCGUCAUGGGUGUAUUUUCCUGAUUUCGAUAGAGCUGAAUGGUUAAACAGAAUUUUAUUUAAAGUGUGGCCUAGUAUGAAUCACUUUGUUCGUCAACUAUGUAAGCAGAAUAUAGAACCAUCAAUUGUUGAGAAACUGACUGAAUAUAAAAUAAAAGGCUUUCAAUUUGAUCGUCUAGUUUUGGGACGUAUUCCUCCAAAAAUUUAUGGAAUCAAAGUAUAUGACAAAAAUACUUCAAGAAAUGAGAUAAUUUUAGAUGCAGACAUUAUGUAUGCUGGCGACUGUGAUAUUACCUUUUUGGUUGGAAACAUUAAAGGCGGUAUUAAAGAUUUUCAAAUACGUGGUUUGAUACGUAUUGUUAUGAAACCUAUGCUAUCUGUAAUGCCAAUAAUCGGAGGUGUACAAAUAUUUUAUUUAAAUAAUCCUACUAUCAACUACAACUUAGUAGGAAUGGCUGAUGUAUUAGAUUUACCUGGAUUCAAUGAAACUUUAAGGAAAACCAUUGUUGAACAAAUAGCAGCUAUUGUUGUAUUGCCGAACAAAAUAACUAUACCAUUAAGCAACGAAGUACCAAUGGAAAUUUUAAAGAUGCCUGAACCUGAAGGUGUUCUGAGAAUUCAUGUUGUAGAAGCAAAGCAUUUAAUGAAGAAAGAUAUUGGAGUGUUAGGAAAGGGUAAAUCUGAUCCAUAUGCUGUCAUAAAUGUUGGUGCCCAGGAAUUUAGAACAAAAACCAUUGACAAUACCGUUAAUCCAAAGUGGGACUUUUGGUGUGAAUUUAUAGUGAAAGAGGGCUUGGGAGCCUACAACACGAUGGUUGCCCAGCUCUUUGACAAAGACAACGCUGCUCAAGAUGAUCCACUUGGCAGAGCUACUAUUGAAAUUAUCCGAGUGAAGAAAAAAGGCACAAUCGAUACAUGGGUUUCCUUGGAGCAAGCAAAACAUGGUAUGCUUCACUUACGAUUAAUGUGGUUGCAACUUUCAAAAAAUCCUGCUGAUUUGAAAGCUGCUUUAGUAGAAACUCAGGAACUUAGAGUUACAUCGAUGAGUACAGCUCUUCUUACACUUUACAUUGAUUCUGCUAAAAAUUUACCGUGCAUUCGAGGAAAUAAACAACCUGAUGUUUAUUUGGAAGCAAGCAUUGGUGGAAAGAAAGAAAGAACAUCUACUAUACCACGUUCUUGCGAUCCAGUAUGGGAACAAGGAUAUACCUUUUUAGUCAGCAAUCCUGAAACUGGUGUUUUACAUAUAAAGAUUAUAGAUGAGAAAACUGCCAUGACAGUUGGGGAAAUGAAUUAUAAUCUUUCCUUACUUUUGGAAAAGAAUAAUUUAGAAGUAACACACCAGCCAUACGAUCUGCAAAUGGCCGAGGCAGAUAGUAAGCUUGUAUUGUCAAUGUCAUUAAAUAUCUUGAAGUAUGAAGAGCCUGAACUCACUUCCGAAGAAGAUGAAGAUCAUCAUGAUAUCAAUCAAUUAAAUAAACGAAUUGAACGUCAGGAGUCUAACAUUAGUAACGUAUCUUCUGUACCUCCCAGUCCUCUUAAAAAACAGCCUUCAAAAGAAUCGAUCAACAGUCAGUCUCAUAAUAGUAAGUCUGCGCUUUUACCUGAGGAACCAGCAGCGGUAGAAGAAGAAUUAAUAGUUAGCACUAGCGUUCCGUCCUCUAUGGCUGCAAGAUUUCAUACUGCCCCUGGGCGCUUAAGGCAUCCUUCCCUGACAUCCUCUCAGGGAGAAGCAAAAUUAGGCAGAAUACAAUUGACAUUACAUUACAGUGUGCAGAGACAAAAACUUGUUGUUGUUGUACAUAAAAUUGCUAAUUUACCACUCCCUCAAAAUGACCCACACAAUAUACCGGAUCCAUAUGUAAAACUCUAUCUGUUGCCGGAUCGACAUAAGGAAACAAAGCGCAAGACUGCUGUAAUGAAGGACAAUUGUAAUCCAACAUUCGACGAACAAUUCGAAUAUGUAGUUUCGCAGGGAGACUUAAACACGCGAAUAUUAGAGAUAUCUGUGUGCACUCAAAAGGGUUGGUUGUCAACUGGAAGCAAUGUGAUGGGACAACUUCACUUGAAAUUAAGCGAAAUCGACAUUUCAAAGGCUAUUACUACUUGGUAUGAUUUACAACCGGAAAUCAAAGACUAGAAAAAGAGAAGUAAGCGGGGCUUCGAACGUUUAUGCGGUUGUCUGACAAAACAGCCACUUAAAUUCCCGCUGAACAAUUUUUACAAACGAUGAAAGUUUUCAAAUUUUACAGUUACAAUAUUCCGUUGACUUUAUUAUGUUGUUAAACUAACGAUUAUUAUAUAUUAAAAUAAGUAAAUAUAUGGUGCUACAUAUGAGAUGCGAAACGUCUUAUAAAAUAUAUAUAAGAUAAAAUUCUUAUUAAAUAUUUGUACUUACGCCGUCCAAAUGGCAUAGGAAUGAUCUGAUUUACAGUAUUGCUGUAACCUUCAAGCAGAAGGACGGAUUGGCUAAUGUAACUGGAACUGCUAUUUCUAUAUACAUCGACUUGUAAAAUCAUUAAAAUAUUACCUAUAAAACAAUAUGCAUAAAGAAAUUGAGUUGAGUCAAUAGAUUUUAUAAUUUUGCAUGUAUUAAAUUUUACA